AUGACGGUCAAGUGCCACUUCUGUUUAAUGGACAAAUGUCCAGAAAAGCUUUGUUUUCUAAAAGAAAAGAGUGUCCUUCUUCUCCAGGUGGACUUGCUCCAACCCAAGAUCAUCCAUGGAAUAAAGACCCAAGGAGCUCGGCAGAAAUUCUCCAACUAUUACAUCUCCCAGUUUGUCAUCUUCUAUAGCCUGGAUGGAGAGAAUUGGAAGAGCUAUAAAGGCAAUUCCACCAGUUCCCAAAUGGUAAUUAUUUUUCCCCAGGUUUUCCAGGGAAAUCGGGAUUAUUUGCAGCCCGUGAUGAACUUUCUGGAUGUCCCAUUCUUUGCCAAAUAUUUGAGGAUACACCCACUCAAGUGGAACAAAUAUAUUGCCCUGAGGAUGGAAGUCUUGGGCUGUGACACGGAGCAGAUGGACUACUAAGUCCAGAUGACACCAUCUUUGGCUUUUGCUGCAAACACUCAAACAAGGAGGGUCCUUCCCUGCCCGGCCCACCACAAUAUUGUACAUUUAUCAUCGUAAAAUAAACUCCUGUUACCCUUGUAUUUUUGCCAACGAUGUUUUGCUGCAUAAGGAACAACACGCAGGCUCUGCAGAAGGUUGCAAUAGGAUAGCGCUUAAUAAGUUUUGUUAAAAUUGCAUUUUGGAAUUAAGGAAUAGCAAUAUAGCAAUAGCACUUAGACUUGUGUAUACCACUUCACA